GAUAAAGGAUGCAUGAUGGCUGCCUCCAUGCCCAUCGAUGAAAAUUUGCGGGUGAAAGAAGAAAUGGAAGAAAAGAUAAAUCUAGCUGCAUUGCAACAAUGUGACCCAAAUAUAACAACAAUUCUUGCGACUGCCAGCCAAGUUGCACUUUAUAAAUUCACUACAGAAUGGGAAAAGACAGAAAUAGAAGGAACACUAUUUGUGUACUCAAGAUCAGCAAUCCCCUAUCAUGGAUUCAUGAUCAUGAAUCGGUUAAGUAUGGAGAAUUGGACAGAACCAGUCAACAAGGAGUUAGAAUUUCAGUUACAUAAACCAUUCUUACUUUAUCGUACAGCUAAAGCAAUUUAUGGUAUGUGGUUUUACAAGCCAGAAGACUGUCAGACCGUUUCAAAAUUAAUGCAAAGUUUGACCGAUAAAGCAAAAUUAGUUGCUGAGAAGAAAGUCCGACAACGCAGCAUGUCGGAGAGCGAUGGCGGGUGGUCAGCACAGAGACCGGUCGAUAUAAUGCAGAUGUUGAAUAGGGCUCAGAAUGUAUAUCUUGAGUCACAAGGAUCAGAACAAGUUCCACACCGGUCAGUUGAAGAAGGCAUAACGGAAGUCCGAUCAAGUCCAGUGAGGCCUGUUCCUAUAAAAGCAGAGAGCCCACGUCAAGUAGGGUCUGAAUCAAGUACAUUAAGGCCGAUGGUGAAUCGGUCAUUAUCGGUACAGCACAAUACACAAGGACCUAAAGUAAAUCAAACUAUUCACCCUGUCUUACAAAAACUUCUGUCACAUCCUGGCGAGGGUGCUAUGCCACUGCCUGUGAACAAUAUACACACGGUAGAAAGUAUUGAGAAGCUUCAUGGUGAACAGGAAAGCGGAGGUGGUCAUUUAAGACCACUUACUGUUCAGAGCAUCGAAGGUGGGGGCGAGAAAGAACCUGAAGGAAAGACGCCCGCCCCACUACAAGACUUUUUCGCCAAACUUAACAUAACCUCUGUUCCGCAUUCUGAAUCACAUGGGAAUCCUGUUAAAACAUUAUCCCCGUCCGUGUCGUUUCCUAAAACAAGGGAGAGUGAUAAUGCUUUUAAAUCUUUUAAUGAAGACAUCUUGUCAGGGAGUGGAGAAGUAGAUAUCAACCAAGCUCUUUUAGCCAGUUUAAAAGCAUCUGUGACCAACCAGCAACCAAAAACAGCCUCAGUACCAAGCCCAGGUCAGAUGGCUGCCACAAAUGUUGGCGCUGGAAACGCACUGCUUCUAGGUCUCCAGCAGCAGGCAAACAUAGACACAACGAAAUCUGCCAACUCAGCCCCUCUUCUCCUUGCACCAAGUGCCUUCCGCCCAAGAACUUCCAGUGACACUAACCCAGCAUCAAAGCCCACUACAGGCCUACCAAGCCAGUGCUCGCACAUGAAUCUGUCAACCAAAACUACGGUAUCAAGCUCCUUACCAUCGACAUUUACUACACCGCUAGCCUCCUCUUUCCCAUUGAUGACCCAAGCAGACAAGAUUACUUUAUCGUCAAGCAGCCAAUUGAGUCGCACUCACCAGGAUGUUAGGCAACAACCUUUGAAGGCAAAGAGUAAAGUUGGACUAGAUUCAGAUAUAAACCAGCAGGUCACCGCUCUCACAAAAGACCAAUUCCGUGAUGCGUUUGUUCACUUGUUACAGACAGAUUCAAUAUUUGUGGACAAACUGUUCUCAAGUUAUCAACAAACAACUCAGAAGAAAUGAUGCCAAGAAGAAAUCAAAAGCUUAGUAAAUGAUGUCAUUAACAGCCAAUCAGAAGAGAUUACAUCAAUAUAGUAGCAUACAUGAGUGUUAGAGCAAAAUUUAAUGCAAACAUCAACAUAAUGCUGUAUCCCCUAAGUAGCCUGCACUAUCAUCAAGAAUAUUAAAGUCUCAAAUUCUUGUUAAAAUAGAUUUCUUUUGUUGAGAAUGAACCAUUGAAAGACAAAUCGUGGAUUGAUAAUUACCAGUAAUUAUUAUUACAAGGUUUAUUGCUAUGUUUCUUAAUGCCAGUUUAUUCAUAAAUGAAGUUUUCUAUUAGAAUGACAAUGGCCGAUAGCAAUCAUUUUUUGUAAUAUAUGAGUAUCAAUAAUAAAUUGAUAAUAGUCUGAAAGCUAAUGAGAAAACCCAGACAAUAUGGAUGUAUGUUGAUGUUAAAUUUCAACUAAAUCUUCAACUUGUUAUACAAGUUAAAUAUUAUUUUUCAUCACCUCUUCCCAGGGGGUGACUAAAGUGGAUCUCGAUCCCCCGGCAACAAAAAAUAAUCUCUAACCAAGUGUGAAAUUGUUUAGAUAAGAGAGAUUAAUAUGGCUAAAAUGAUUAUAACUAUAACUACAAAUUCCUUUUACCUCACAGUAAACACCCCUUUAUAUAUUGGCCUUUAUAUCUUGAUGGACUAAGCAAUAAAGAUAUUUAAAUUGA